AUGCCCAUUUUGGUGGACAGCAUAAUCAGUCGAGUCGGCUUCGGAUGGGCCAUGCGUACUUGCGCAUUCUUCAUGCUUGCACUCUUACUCGUGACCAAUACGACCGUUCGAUCUCGUCUGCGUCCCAACCCCAAACCGGCUACUGUUGGGGCGUAUUUCCGGAAUUUUGUAGAUCGGCCGUUUGUGCUCACGGCAUUGGCAAGCUUUUUCUAUUCAAUGGGUAUGUUCAUUCCCAUAACCUACUUGGUCACAUACGGUGAACAUGUGGGCAUGAGCGACAGCUUCGCCGAGUACCUAAUUUCAGUAUUCAAUGCCGCUAGGUGA